ACUUUGUUGCUGAAUCUGGCCCACUUCUCUACCCUUCUCCCCCUAUAAAUCCCCUCCAAUUCUCCUGCUAUCCUCCCCUACCCUCCAAACAUUAUCUGCAAAUCAAACCCUCAAGAAUUGCCUCUUAAUAUACCUAGCCAUGCUUCAAUCUGAGGCUGCAGGACUCUACUGUCUAGCCCCCGAAAACCCAUCCCUAUUUUCAACUAACGUUGGCUUGAUGCAACACAAUAUACCAUCAUCCAACUUCAGCAGAUUCUUAACCAACUUACCAAAUUCUCAAACCUGCCCUCCUUUUUAUGAGUUCUCUCCCCAGUCUAUCAGCAAUAACUCAACCUCUGAUGAAGCAGAGGAACAACAACUUAGAGUUAUCGAUGAAAGAAAGCAGAGGCGAAUGAUUUCUAACCGCGAAUCUGCACGUAGGUCUCGCAUGCGCAAACAGAGGCACCUCAAUGAGCUUUGGUCACAUGUGGUUCAUCUGACAACUGAGAAUCAUAAUCUGAUAGACAAGUUGAAUCAUGCAUCGGAGAACCACGACAGGGUCCUUCGAGAGAAUGCGCGGCUCAAGGAAGAAGCCUCUGAACUUCGCCAAAUGCUCAGUGAUCUCCAAAUUGGCAGCCCUCUUAGUGCUUUGUGCGAUCUGGAAGAAAUUCCAUGCAACGCAGCUCAUCUCAGCUGAAUUUUCAAACCAAUCCAUCAACCCUUAGAAAAAUAUGCUUUACUGAGAAGUAAUGCUGUUUAUUUAGAGAGAGAGAAAAAGAGAUAGAGUUUGCGUUCUCUAUCUGCCAUUAUUAAGUUUCUUCUGUUUAGUGUGGAUCACAGAUGUUAACGUUGGUUCCAUUCACCUGGACUGCAUGAGAUCAAAAACAAACUGAGC